AUGCCAAAGUAUGCGAAUACAAUCAAUACGUUUAAGACUGAAAGUGAAAAAUAUACAAAUGAAAUAUUAUUAGAAAAUUUUGGUCUAUUACGUCGAAUGUAUUCAAAUUAUUUAACAACUGAAACGUAUGAACGUUGGGGUUGGUCAUGGACCUACAUACUCCAUCCACAUUAUCAACAAACAACAUUUCGUAUUGUUGUGCAAUUUAAUAAUUGCCCAUUGCCUCCAGGACAUUUACUUGCAUUCAAAGCUGUUCUCUGGGGAAGAAAUUCUGUCACAAAAUCAAGUGAUUGUAUAUGUCUGAAAGAACAUUUAUGGUUAACAUCAAAUAUGAAUGUAUUAGAUAUUUGUUCAAUUCAAGAUUUGAAUCAAUUUAUCAACAAAGAUACAUUACGAAUUAUUAUUAUUGUUCGACAUGAUUGGUUACUUAAGAAAUUGAAUAAUGAACAACAAACAUUGACAACUCUUUUACCUCUUACACCAUUCAAAGAUUAUGAUUGUGAUACAAAAUUACUCUCUGAUAUGAAAUCUAUUCUUGAACAAUCGAAUACAUUAUCAGACAUUCAAAUUAAAAUUAAUUCGACCGUAUACAAUUGUCAUCGUUGUAUACUUGCUGCGCGUUCACCAUAUUUUCAGACAUUAUUUAAUGGAAAUUUUCAAGAAUCAUUAUCAUCUCAAAUUGAUUUGUCUAAUUUUAUUAAUGAAACCGAUUUUGAACUAUUACGUGCUUAUUUGUAUAAAGCUCAAGUAAAUAUUAACGAUGAAAAUUGUUUACAAUAUUUUCAUUUAGCUGAUAAAUUUUUAUUAGAUGAUCUAUUAAAAAAAUGUGAAUUAUUUCUUUUGGAUGAACAAACAGAUCGAAUUACAGAAAAAAAUGUAUUCGAUAUUUUAGAUUUAUGUUCAAAUAUUAAAAUGGAUGAAUCAUAUUCACAUUUAAUUAAACAAAAAUGUUUUAAUUUAUUAAAACAAAAUAAACAUUUGAUUAAUGAUCAAUGUCAAGAAGUAUUGAGAAAAAAUUCACAAUUAACAACAGAUUUACUUAAAUAUCUAAUUUAA